CGAUCGAGCUGAGCCUUAGUCACCAAAAGUGCUAUCGACUAGAUUCCUACGUUGACUGCAUGAUACCUGAUGACGUGGCAUAGAUAUUCUCUUCUGCGAUAGGAUCAACUAAAUAUCCCCUGGGUUGCGUAUUAAAGCCGUACUAGUAGAGUUACCCUCACCUUCCUCGAACGUUUCAACCUCCCUCGCGUUACUAGUAUAUACAUAACAAAUAACAUGCAGACAGUCAACUCAAAAGUUAAUUUCUCACCGGCGUCGGAUAUCAUUGGUGCACUGCAGAACAUUCUCGCACGUUCACAAGUGAUCAUGCCAGACCUCGAAACUCCGUACUCCCGAGCCAGUCUUCCCAAUACUAACCACUGCGCAGUGGAGCUCAAAGACAGGCUCAUUAGCGCCAUCAUCACCGAACGGGAGCUGCAGUUGGAUGCAGUUUCGCAUGAGUUCUCAGACCUGGAAACAGUCAUGGACAAUAUCAAAAAUCUUCACCAGCACCUCGUCGAAAAGAAGGAAAAGAUCACCCAGUCUAUGAAUUUACACAAGGGAUUCGUAUCGGCUUUCUGGCGCUUGCCAACCGAAGUCCUAUCCCAAAUUUUUAUCCACUGUCUCCCAGACACUAGUCACUUGUCACCCGCGUCGGGGCUAGCCCCCAUGCUGUUGACCAGAGUAUGCCGACGAUGGAGGGAGAUUGCUGUGUGCAUGCCCAGUUUAUGGUGCAAGCUGCAGUUGGAAGUCGACUCCCGUAGCAGAGACUGGAAGGGGAAACCUUUCUGUUAUGACUUAUGGCUCAAGCGGUCCCGAGGAUGUCCGCUCUCGUUGGCACUCCAGGGCUACACAGAGGGAUCGACCCAGUUACGAAGCCUUCUUCAACCUUACAUCAAUCAAAUCUCGUCUCUCUCUACCGAUCUCUCCGUUGAUGUCCCAAAACUGUUAACAGAACUCCCAGCACUUCAGGAGCUGACCGUAAACGCGUACAGGGACAAUUAUUCUAUCAUGACGGCUAUUGCACAAUCUAUCUCGCGACCGCCGUUCACUAUGCGCAGUCUUAGGGUAAUAGGGCCGCUAUUCUACAUCGCAGAGUUUUCUGCUCUCAAUCUCGUAUUCGCCCACCUGACAAAUUUGGAGGUCGCCAUCCGUGAACCCAUUGCUGUCCCCCACUUGCUCCGUCUAUGUCCCAACCUCUCCUCGUUAACGAUUCGCGUACACAUCAGCCCACGAAAACAAGCCAUCGAGCCAUUCACUCACACCACACUUCAAUCAUUGUGCAUCGUUUAUGGCUCUUUGCACACAAACUAUGUACCUGACCUAUUCAAUGCGCUAUCACUCCCCAAUUUACGCCUGCUUGAAACUCGCUGCGCUUGGCCACUCGUCAAUUCACCCUUGUUAACAUGGCCUCAUGAGGAGGUGAGGGCAUUCUUGGCACGGUCAAAUUGUCCCCUGAAGAGCCUGAUUUUCGGCUCUGGAGUGAUGAUGACAGAUGAGCAGCAAGCGAAAUACGUUGCCCUUAUUCCUUCCUUCGAAGUACUUAGUAGCAGUUCCCAUGUUUCAUGAUACCUUGGUCGUUACGCAUUUCGCAACAUGAUAAUACGGACUCAUGCUAAGGGCUAUAUACUUUAUGCUAUCAGCCUCGUAGUAUAUCUUUCUUUGUAUGCCCAAGUUACAAAGAAAUGAUCGCGAGCAGUGAUUCGGGUGUCGCGG